AUGGACUUCCGCCUCCUGGCCCGCAGCCUCCGGGCCAGGCCAACACCAUGGCUCCAACAACAGACCCAGCUGCACCGCGUCGCUUUCCUCACCAACGGAGUUCGCUACAAUUCCUCUACCUCAUCACCAAGCCCACCCUUCAAACCCACAUCUCCCACCGACGAGCCGACCACAGCCCCCGAGACCGCAAAGCAAGCCCCAAAGCCGAUCUCCGAGCUCGACCAGUCAAGCACAGGCCCAGCAGCCCCAGGGGUUGCAAAGCAAGAGCGAAAGCCAGUCUCCGACUUUGACGACAUCCUCAGCAGACUCGACCUCAACAAGCCCCGAGAAGCAUCCAGCAGCCAGCGCCGGAUCUUCUCAGACUCGCUUUCCCGGGCUGUCGGCGAAGGCGCACAGAGCGGCUACCGGGCGCGGUCGCGGGCACCCCUGCCUACACGCAAGGUCGAGCUGAAGCUUGGGCCGACGCUUGGUCGUCAGGCUCUUGUUGAGCCUGAGCGUGGCACUGAUCUGGGUGGUGCGCUGCGCAAGCUUCAGGCUACUCUUUCGCAGAAUAGUGUUCGGAAUGAUGCCCAUGCACAGAAGUUCCAUGUGAGGAAGGGUAUGGUGCGCAAGCAGAAGAAGAUGCAGCGGUGGAAGAAGCUGUUCAAGUUCUCGUUCCAGGGGACUGUGAAGAAGAUUCAGCGUAUGCAAGCGCAGGGUUGGUAG